CGCUCGCAGUACCCGUCUCAUCCAAGUUGGGGGCCCUUGGAGGCAGCGCGGUCGGACAGGAACCCGCGGUUCUAGUGAUUGGCGUGCAUACGAGGUUGAGGAGGGUUAGGAGGGUCCCCGCUCGUGCAGGGCUCUGUACAGGGCUUGGGGUCCUCGCCAAGAGGCGCUGGAUGUCGAGUCAGGUCUGUGCGCCCAGGGAUCUCUUUGCUUGAGGUUGCAACCUCGGGAUUUGUCUUGCGGGCCCUGCUGCGUACGGUCCGGGGACCCAGGGUUGGCAGGUUAACCCAGGGCGGGGGAGCGCUCACCUGGGAGUCCCCCACCCUCUGCGCCCUCAGCACCUUCCAGGGGAUCCACGUGCGGCUGUCGCUGCAACUCUGCUUGUCAAGCGCAGCCCGCCCCCAGGGCAGGGGAGGGGGCGCGGGGGUGGAUGGGCUGUGCCCCGCGGGAAUUGGGCCGGCCCAUGCGCCCGCCGGUACCAGCUCGGCUCUCUGCCUUGCGUUUCCCAGGCUCCUGGAGGUCGCUGGCGGUCCUGUGGGGAGGCGCGGGGCCCUGCCCCGAGGGGCCGGAGCCUCCUGAGGAGCGCCGGGCGCUAGGUUUCUGGAGGAAGGAAGCAAGGAAAAGCCAUUGAAGUGGUCAGUCCUGGGGCUGCCCUCUUCCAAAUAAGCGCCAAGCGCCAGUGUCGCGUCCGCUUUGAGGCAGUUCGAGGCAGCGGCGCGGCGCCGGCCCUUUGGGGCCCUGGCGGGGAUCGUUUUCACAAACCCGACCUGGCGAUUUUUGUGCCUUGGGAGCCGAACCCGGGUUGCGUGCGGCGUCAGCAGGACCCAGGCGCGUCUCUAGGGCGUUGUGGAGCUGCGGCGCCUUUGCCAAGUUCGAUUUCAGAGCUCCAGGGGUUUUGAGACAGACCACUCAAAACAAGGGCUUUUGGAGCUACUGAGGAGCUAAGGGUUUGGAGGAGCAAGGCUUGUAAUUUCAGCCCCGCCUCAGGAGAGAAUUCUCUGUCCCCACCAGAGAGACAACAGCCCUUAAACAUGACUGACUGCAAUUGACUAACUCAGCAGAGGCCCAGAGUCUCUGAAUUGAUAGCUUGGAAUAUGCCAAAAAGUGAGGGGCCAAUUGGUCCCUGUGGUAGUGACCGAGAGCAGGACAAUCAGAAGACAGUUGUAACAAGCAAGAGGGACCUUCCACGGUUUGACUUGGCUUGCCAAGGGGAGGCCCCUGCCACCCAGUUGUUACAGCCCUCUGAUGGAAUGUUGGUGAGGUCCUCCACCCAGAGGAGCACCUGGGGCUAAUGUGCAAAGGGCUGCCUGGUGAGAGAGGACUCCUGGAGGCUGACUGACCCCUGAUCCCUGCUUAGGAGCUUUAGAAGUGUCAGAGUCUCUGAUGUACUUUACCUCGACAGGAUGAGGACUCUGAACACCUCCACCAUGGACGGGACUGGGCUGGUGGUGGAGAGGGCCUUCUCCUUCCGCAUCCUCACAGCCUGCUUCCUGUCUUUGCUCAUCUUGUCCACACUUUUGGGGAACACACUGGUCUGUGCUGCCGUCAUCAGGUUCCGACAUCUGCGGUCCAAGGUGACCAACUUCUUUGUCAUCUCUUUGGCUGUGUCAGACCUCCUGGUGGCUGUUUUGGUCAUGCCCUGGAAGGCAGUGGCUGAGAUUGCUGGCUUCUGGCCCUUUGGGUCCUUCUGCAACAUCUGGGUGGCCUUUGACAUCAUGUGCUCCACUGCAUCAAUCCUCAAUCUCUGUGUGAUCAGUGUGGACAGGUACUGGGCUAUCUCUAGUCCCUUCCGGUAUGAGAGGAAGAUGACCCCCAGAGCAGCAUUCAUUCUGAUCAGCUUGGCAUGGACCUUGUCCGUGCUCAUCUCUUUCAUCCCUGUGCAGCUCAGCUGGCACAAGGCAAAACCCACAAGUCCCUCAGAUGGGAAUGCCACUUCCCUGGAUGAGACCAUGGACAACUGUGAUUCCAGCCUGAGCAGAACAUAUGCCAUCUCGUCCUCCCUAAUAAGCUUUUACAUCCCUGUGGCCAUUAUGAUUGUUACCUAUACCAGGAUCUACAGGAUCGCCCAGAAACAAAUACGGCGCAUCUCGGCCUUAGAGAGGGCGGCAGUACAUGCCAAGAAUUGCCAGACCACUACGGGGAAUGGAAACCCCCCUGAGUGCUCCCAACCAGAAAGCUCCUUUAAGAUGUCCUUCAAAAGAGAGACUAAAGUUCUGAAGACCCUGUCUGUCAUCAUGGGAGUGUUUGUGUGCUGCUGGCUGCCUUUCUUCAUCUUGAACUGCAUGGUGCCCUUCUGUGGGUCCGGGGAGACCAAGCCCUUCUGCAUUGAUUCUAUCACCUUUGACGUGUUUGUGUGGUUUGGAUGGGCUAAUUCCUCCUUGAAUCCCAUCAUCUAUGCCUUUAAUGCUGAUUUCCGGAAGGCAUUUUCAACCCUCUUAGGAUGCUAUCGACUUUGCCCGACAACUAACAAUGCCAUCGAGACAGUUAGCAUCAAUAACAACGGGGCCGUGGUGUUUUCCAGCCAUCAUGAGCCACGAGGUUCCAUCUCCAAGGAGUGCAAUCUGGUCUACCUAAUCCCACAUGCCGUGGACUCCUCUGAGGACCUGAAGAAGGAGGAGGCAGGUGGAAUAGCCAGACCCUUGGAUAAGCUGUCCCCCGCCCUAUCUGUCAUAUUGGACUAUGACACUGAUGUCUCUCUCGAGAAGAUUCAACCCAUCACGCAAAAUGGACAGCACCCAACCUGAACCCCGAGACGAAUCCUGCUAGACAUGCUCAUCCCUAAAGCUAGAGGAUCUUUCUCUGGGGCUUGCUGUUAAGAAUUUACUGAAGUAUAGUGAGACUCGAAGGUCUCAGGCGAGCCUUCCUCUGCUGCUUGCUUCCAACACACAACUAACUAUACUUUAAAAUACACCCCAGUCUAUUUUCUGUGUCGUUCUAGUGAGUCAAACAGGAACACAAGUGAAGCUAACACUCACAAAGGAUGUGUCUUUGGCUCCAAAAUUGUCUUUAGAAGCUGAUUCUUAUUUUAGGAUUUAAAAAAAACAAAGGGAGGGGGAUUAACAAUGAACAGCUUCGCUUAAAAAUUAAAUCUUUCCAGGAAGGAAAUGAGAAGGGUUGAGUUUGCAGUGUACAAACAGGUGCUAACACUGUUCCAGGCAGAGUUUUCAGAUUGUAAAAGGUAGGUGCAUGCCUUCAUAAGUUAUUUGUAAAACAAAAUAUAAUUGAGCCUUAGAGUAGAAAGGGGGAUUUUUUUUUUCAGAGUCAAGAGAUGCUUUGUUGAUAUUGGUUUUAUUUAUUUAUUGUAUUAUAUGGAUAUUUUAAUUUAUUAUAACAGAUCUAUAUUUAUCGUAUUUAAUAGGAUAAACUAAUGAGAUAUCUGAGACCUUAAAACCACAUUUUUGCCCAUUUAACUAGCACUUUAUAAGCCAAUGAAACAAACACACAGACCCUCUGAGGUCCUAAGUACUCAUGUGUAACGUCUAGAAACGCAGCAAAGACUGGUAAGAAGUGAACUUGAGUUGUGAUGAUUCCUUUAAAAUUCAUAGGUAAAUAAGGCAAGAAUUGACUAAUGUUAUGAAUGUUCUUUUCAUUUUCUAGAAAGACUAAAAAAAAAAAAUUGAAAAAGCAUAGCUACUAUUGCAUUCAAAGUUUUUUUUUUCUUUCUUUUUUUAAAUGACAGAGACUUUCCCAGGAGAGUGAUUUGUAGUUCUGUAAAUAUCUUAAAUAAAAACCAGCUUAAGAAGACUCUAACUUCUAAUUUAAGAUCUUAAGUGGUAAUAAUAAGUAUAUGUCAUGUUGUAUUUCUGUAAAAUAAUCAGCUUUCUCCAUCUUUCCUCAUUUCCCAUGUCGGAUAGCUUUUCUGAACCAAACAAGUGGCUGUCCUGGUUAGAGAUGUGUAGUGAAGACAGUGGGGUUCAUUAACUCUUGUGUUACGACAGCCUCACCAGUGGACAAAGCUCAAACCCUCUGUGUCCAUCUUACCCGGGCUGAACCACAGUGCUCAGUGGGGCUCCUUUUUGUAGUGCUUUCGUUUGAACUUAGAAUUGAUUUUUUUCAGUCUUUAAAUAUUAAUGGUAUGUUGACUAAUUAAUAGUGUUUCAUUAUCAGCCUUGAGUAAGACGCUUCUGUUGGUGGAAAAAACAGGGGACCCUUCCUUUUUGGGUGUGUUAAGGACCCCAAAGCUAUUGGGAUUUCUUUUGCAAAAAUGCUAGUCCUUUCUUUGUGCUUUGGAGUCCAGUCCCUGCGUCAUCCCUUUGACUGUAAAAAGUAUCAUAAGCCUCCAUUGCCAGAUACUAACUCAAAUGAGGGCAUUUCAGGAGCGUUUCUUUGAAAUGUUUACAAAGUGUUCUUGUGGAUAAGCAAUUUAUUUAACAUUUGGAUGAUAUUGGUAACAGGGGAAAAAACCCACUGAAAAGUACAUCCUGCAUCAGGUCUGUGUUAUUUAUGUAUUGUGAAUGUUUUCUUAAUUUUAUUGCCUGUAAGCUUUCAUAUGUAUAAUAAAAUUAUUUUGUGAACUCAAAUAGAUCCUGAAUGGGCUGUGUUGCAUUUGUUAAAUGUGUUUUUAAAAUAAGGAUAUUUUCAGCUCUACAAGUAAGAAAACAUGGGCAUUUUCAAAUAUAUGUUUUUUUUUUUUUUAAUGGAAAUUUCUCCUCUUAUGUAUGCCACGUGUUGCCUUUGAAUAUUUAAACACAACAUGUUUUCUGAUUCUGGCUACAUAGUCUUAUUUUCCGUCUGUCUUGAAUUCUUUUUUUCUUAACCUGAGGAAUUACUCUAGCUUUCAUUACACAGAUUUGAAAGCUUUCUAAAAGCUCUGCUUUUUCUUCCAAGGAGCCCAGGGACUUUAAAGAAUGUAAAAAUCACAGAAAAGACUGUGGCUUGCUAGGGGGUUGUUGUGGACUCUCAGCUGAUGGCAACCACUGCAGUGUGGUGGUUAUUUUAAAAGUUAAAUCGCGCAGUGAUUUUCUCUGGAGAGAAAAUAUAGAGUGGGAUGCUGGCCUUAUCCAUAGGUCCUGCUAAACCUACUUAGUUAAUGUGCUAAGGCUUUUCUCUUUUCUUUUUCCAUCCCGAGGAAGGAGCAUGGAUGAACAGCAGGUGAUGUAGACAUUAAGGGUUAAGUUCAUAAUUUGAAACAUCGCACAACAGAUGGUGUCUUUUUAAACCCCAUGUUUGCCUUCCCUGGGCUUUCACAUGUAAUGAACAUAUCUAGUCUGAAUGCCCAUACACAUGACAGCUUUUCUUGCUGCUUCAGAACUUUCUGGAUAUCUUUAUUCUUUGCAGUUUGAUUUUGUUCUUAAAUUAGAAAUCCAGCGACACCAGCUCUGAUGUUCAUGUUGUCGUUGUACAAUCAAUGAAGCAUGGCACAAAAGCCUUCCCCAUUUAUUUCAUUGGCCAAAGAGUGAAAAAUAAGUGAUCUGUCUAGAAAUUCUAUUAAAUAAUUGUACAAUUCAAUACGCAGGGUGAGACCAUACUUCGGGUUCCUGGGAUGUUGAAUCAAUAAAGGGCAUCUCAUGAAAUGUUAACUUUACUGAAAGGGCCUCUCAGAGAAUUUAAUUUACAACUAGAAAAGCAAAAGUAUAAUAUGAUUAAUUUCAUCUUUACAAUAGUAAGUCUUAGUAAUGCUACGUACAUGUAAAACACCUUAGUAAGAAAGAGAAAAGAGGUGUUCUUUUUUCCUUUUUGUACCUAACAAGAUGCCUUUCCUAAUCAAAUAGAUAUCAUCUCUUGGAGUUGACUGACACAAUAGGAUGUUGUAAGCAAGGGAAACUGAGCCCUUGGCUUCAAUCCAGAGAUUUUGGGAUUAUCCUCAGGAAAGUCCCUGGCUUCUCCUGGGAUCUAGGCAAGUCACAAUCUCUGAGGCUCAGUCGUCCUGAUCCACAAAGUGGGAGGAGCAAAACCUCUGCAUUAACUCUUCAGUAGACCAGUUAGCAGUUGCUGUCAAGUCCAGUCUGACUUACGGCAACCUCAUGUGUGUUAGAGCAGAACUGUGCUCUGUAAGGGUUUCAAUGAUGGGCUUUUCAGAAGGAGAUCACUAGACCUUUCUUCUGAGGCACCUCUGGGCGGACUUCAACUGCCAACCUUUCUAUUAGCAGUGGAGCGCGUUAACCAUUUGCACCACCCAGGGACUCCUUUGGGCAACCCCUUUUCAAUGAAGGGGUCACCCAAAAAACCAAAUUGAUAUGUUGUCUAACUUCAGGGAUUUUCUGAAGAUUCUCCACUCUGGGGGCUGUCAUGAUUUUUCUCCCAGGCUUGCACUGGUGGCAUCUCCCCUGGAUCUUUCCAUUCCCAACAGCCAGUCCAUGUUUGGGUCCUAGAAAAUAGGCUUAGGGUCAGACAACUUGGGCUCACGUUGCUGCUAUCACUUUCAAGCUAUGUGAGAGUAAACAAAUGUAUUUACCUCUCUGAGCCUGUUUGCCCAUUUGUGAAAUGGAAAUAAACAUGCAGGUUCUGGUGAGGGUACAAUGAAGCUAAAUCUGUAAGAACACUGAGCACCGAGCUGUUGGACUCACUGAUUCUUUGCAGGAUGGCCGUUUUGAAACUGUCGAUCACUUAAUAGGUAUUGUAUUAAUGAUAAAGGACGUGCUAUGCAUUUGACUUCCUCGAGUGUUUGCUUGAAGCAAAUAGAAAUGACUUGUAGAACACAUGUAGCUUGGGAUUCUCCCAGACACUAUUCCCUUUUGCUGUGAUUAUCUGGUAUCCCAGAAGCAAAUGGCUUUUUACAUCUGGAUAGUUGAGAAAAUUUCCUUUAUUUAGCACUAGCGACUGGCUGAACAAAUAUGUCCACAAUGUCUGAGUCGGUAAAAUCUACUUACCUUGCAGAAUUUGUUUCAGGAAUAAUGAGUAGAUGGCCAGCCAACCCUGAGCUGCUUUGUGUGAUCUGGCUACCCCGGUCAUUUGAAAGAACUCACCCAGUGGAUUAGCAGAUCAGAGGAUUAUACAGAUUAGAUGCACCUCUAUGGAUUUCUCUGAGAUUUCCUGGAUAGAAAACAUGACAAUAACCAAUCUGUUUAUUUUACAGAGGAUGGGGGCGGAUGAACACUGAACUCCUUGAACAUUUUGUAAGCAGACCGGCCUACAUUGCCUCUGUCACGUUAAGUAACUUCCAUGUAACGUACAGACUUAAAAAACCAUCUGGAUUUUAGUCCAUUACAUCACUCAAGAUUUGAGAGUUGUAAUUUAAAUAGUAUGAGAAGCUCAAGAAUAAUCUCUGAUUUAAAAGGGUUUAACUUUCUAAUCGCCAUGAGAAGAUGCAUAAAACCAAUUAGAAUUUUUUCUUCUGCUCAGAGAAUAGGGAUUCUUCCAGCUCUCAAAAUUGGUGAAUGUUUUCAGCCAUUGAAAAGGAUUUGCGCUGAACUAUGUUCAGAGCAGCAAG